CUGCCCGUGCGACCGAUGUGGCCUGGCUCGCACGGCCACACGCCCCCCCGCCAUGGCCGCUCCUCUAUAAAGCUUCACACCACCCCCACACACGAGCCCAUCUCAAGUCACAGCAUCAGUUCACACAGCUCAGCUUCAACGACUCAUCGAGCUAGAAAAAGAUAAGGGCGCAGCUCACACAGCUUCGUCUUCAUCCAUCGUCGAAAGCUUGUUGGAGGAGGGAGGGAGGUUUACGGUCGAGGAGGAACUAGGAAGAGAUGGAGGUCGUGGCCGCCGACGUCGACAGCUGCCUGAAGGCGACGGAGCUGAGGCUCGGCCUGCCGGGCACCGAGGAGAAGGCGCUGCCGACGCCGCCGUCGACUCCCAGAGGCAAGAAGCGCGAGGGGAACACCGGCGCCGAGGAGGCCGCCAAGAAGCGCGAUGGCGAGACCGCGCCGCCGGCCGCCAAGGCUCAGGUGGUGGGAUGGCCGCCGGUGAGGUCCUACAGGAAGAGCUGCUUCCAGCAGUCAAGCAGCAGCGCCACCAAGACCAAGCCGGCGCCGGCGCCGGAGGAGAAGGCCCCGCCCGCCGCCGGUGCUGGCAGCGCGCUGUUUGUCAAGGUGAGCAUGGACGGAGCCCCUUACCUGAGGAAGGUGGACCUCAAGAUGUACAAGGGCUACCGCGAGCUCAGGGAGGCCCUGGAGGCCAUGUUCCUCGGCUUCUCCGGCGGCGCCGCCGACGCGCCGGCCGUCAACCCCUCCGACUUCGCCGUCACCUACGAGGACAAGGACGGCGACCUCAUGCUCGUCGGAGACGUGCCCUUCGACAUGUUCAUCAGCACCUGCAAGAGGUUGAGGAUCAUGAAGGGAUCCGAGGCAAGAGGCCUGGGGUCAGUGAAGAACAACUGAGGUUGCAAGAUGCAUGUGUCUUGUGCGUGAGCAGAUUCUUUUGUUCUUUUUGGGUUGGAAUCUCCAAGGCAUGGACAAGUGUUUUACCAUGCAUCUCCCCUUGUCUGGCUCGAUCUUCAACUAACACAACAUCAUAUCAUGGGAUGAAGAGAGGCAAAAGAUUGCAACAUCGAGAAGAGAAGUGGGAGCAUGGAAGGAGGAGAGGGAGCUUUGUGCAUCAAAGAGCAUGCAUGCGUGGAUGUGUGGUCACUUUGUUUCUAUUUUCUUCUUCUUUUUCACUACUACUAGGUGUUAGCAACACAAAAGGAGUGGAGGUUCGAGUUGACAUCUCCAUGUGUGUUUGUACAAAGCCAAAGAUCAUCACUUUUAAGUUAUAUCUACCAGUGCUUGGUUACUACUACUGUAAGCGCAGGGGAAAACAGGGCUGUUUUCUGUUUUCCCCUCUCUGAUGAGUUUAUCUAUCGACAAUAUUUCCCUUUUGGUUGUGCAA